UAGCGCUGCUGCUGCAAUGCGUGAUGGACGGCAAGAAGUAAUUAGCAAGAACAAGCUUUCUUUUAGUUGACUUGACAGGUGACAGGGCAGUGAAUUGAUUUUUUCGAAAAUGUCGUUAACAGACAAGCUUUCCAUGCUUAUGGCCCGGCCGGGCGGCGACAAUGCCCAGAAAGAUGACGUGCCUUGGUGGAUGCGCUACGCUGGUCGGGGACUUGGAACAGUUGGCGGUUUCAUUGCCAUAGUCCUGGGUCUUCUCAACUGCAUCAGCAUCGUGGUCCUGAACGUGGCCUGCCUCAUAGCUGGCAUCUGGCAGAUGCUGGCAGGGUUCAUAGUGAUAGUGUGUGAAGCUCCUUGCUGCUGCUUCUUCAUAGACUACGUGCAGACCCUCAGCGAUAAGGUGGAGAGCAGGCCUUAUUGGAACAAGGCUGCGCUGUAUAUUGGGCUGUCAGUCCCACCAUUCUUCAUGUGCUUCCUAAGCAUGAGCACGUGGUUCGGCAGCGGUCUGAUCUUCGCGACCGGUAUCAUAUACGGGAUGAUGGCGCUCGGCAAAAAAGGCUCCAUAGAAGACAUGAGGACGUCGGCUGCCAACUUGGAAGCAGGGUUAGGCCAGCCGACGAGCGCCCCUCGCGCCAACCUCGUGACGAACGAACAGCCCAUCAGCUUCACCGGCGUUCCCGCGCGCAACUGACCCCGUACUCCGUGAGUCUCCUUCAUUGUAUGCGCUCCUGGUACUCGAUAGAUCAUAAGGGAAUUAACAUGGACUCUUUAUACUGGUUUUUAUUAUGUUGGCGCCCUGGAAAUGUCACUCUAGCGCCCUGGAAAUGACACUAGCGCCCUGGAAAGGACACUCUAGCGCCCUUAAUUAUCCUAGCGCCCUUAAUUAUCCUAGCGCCCCUAAAGUUACAUUUCAACGCAGUAUGAAUACAGGUUUAAUUAUUCUGGCGCCAUCUUAAUGUCAGUUAGGUACCUUUAUUCAUUUGGCGCCUUACUACUAAAUUUUGGCGCGGUACUGCAUUGAUUUUUAAGAGCCCAGCGUUAUAAAAUUGCUUGUUUUCUAAAGUGUUUACAUAAUUUAAGAGUUCAGAUCUGUUAACACGAAUCAUUUUGAGGUAUGAGGUAUUUAGUGGUAUGCAAUAAAUAUGUAUACAACUUACCUUAUAAAAUGCAUAGUUAAAUGGUUUGUGGUAAUAGGAACAUGUGGAAUUACCCUAUUUGUGAAAUGUGAAUGUAAAAUGUUAUUCAUAGUUUAUUAUAGUUGAUCGGAUGAAUGUUUCAAAAUACCAGUUUUAUAUAAAUGAAUGCUGAUUUUUUAUGGCAAGUAUUUUUUGUAAGAAUUUCUGGUACUAUGGAGCGCAUAGUUAUUUAAGACUUUAUUAACGUCUAUACUAAAGAUAAGUUCAGCCGAAACUUCGAGACAGACGUUCAGCAAUAUUCACUGUAAACUCCUUAGUUUAGUGUUGCCAACAAAAAAGUGUCCUCCAUACAAAACAAAUAGUAUUGCCAACGUUUUUGAUUGAGUCUGCUUGUAGAUAGUUAAUAUUCUUGUCUAUGAUAAUAUUCAGCAUGAUUGUAUUAUAAUAUUCAAUUAUUUGUUAAAUCUAUAGAGGUUUAUGAACUAAGCACAUUAUACUAGACAUAUUGUACCAUAUCGCUUGGCCCGUGAGAGGAGAUUAAACAAAAAUAGAUGUUAUGUCCCUGCAAUAGAGGCUGUUUUGCAAUAAGUGGUCUUUUUAAUAAGAACAUGUUCAUAAUAAAGGACCAAUGCACUUGAAAUCUAUUAAAAGUGAACCUCAAACAGAAGUAAUUUUGUAGGAGAAUUAUUUAUUUAUGUUUUAAGGGCUAAUCAGAUUUGUGGAGUGGCUUCAAAAUGAAGUAUGGUGUGAAGAUACCAUAAUGUUCCGGAUUGGAUGGUCUCGUCUCAAUAGCUAUGUCAAUUUUGAAGUCACGGUGUUAUAGUAAUAAAGUUAGGAACUUCUUACACUUUGAAAUAAGAUGUAUCCUUUGGUACUCCAUAUUUAUUCGUUCUUUAGGUAGCGAGUGUAAUCGUAACGUAGUCGAGGGCUGUUAAUAGUAUAAUUAAUUGUUUAAUGUUAAUUUAUUAGGCGAACGGUACACGAUUGCUCACGUUUGGGUUUUUCAACGUUUUAUUACUUUCUAUGUGGGUAGCAAGAUCAUAAAACCCCUUUGAGAAACUUCGGGGGUAUAUUACUGACUCAUUUCUGCCCUCUAAGAAUUGGUAAAACGUCUAUAUUUCAUACAUAUCUUCAAAAUACCUGGCUGAAAAAGUUUUAUUUUUAAAACUUAUUUUUCACUAGUAUUAUCAUCUUGUGGUGACACAAAUAUUGUAAUUAAAUUAAAUUAUUUAUAUUAUUAUUGCUCAUAUUUUAUAUUAUUUUCGUCCAAAUUAUUAUAGGCAGUUAUAUUGUAUUGAUUGUGCGGCCAUAUGUCGUGUUUCAAGGAGUUUGAUCCAAAUUAAAUGAUACUUAGCGUAGUAGUUAGCAAAAUUUUCUUGACAUUGAUGUAAUGUGUUUAUUUCUAUAGAAAAUGUAGCUACGCCUUCCUUCGUGCUAGACUUACUGAGGCCUCGUUCAAGCUGACUGGAGCCUCGUUUAGCACUUCACCUCGUCUCGUCGCUUCAAAGAAAAUGCAGUCAUUACUGGCUCAUGAACGCGGCGAGCUACUAAACCCAAUGCUAAACGAGGCAUCAGCUAUAACGAAGCCUGAUAUUUCACCAUAUCGUAUUCCUUAUGAAGUUGUGAUUUGUUUCGGAAGCAUUUUUUUAAAGCUGUGUUUGUUAAAGACAUUAAGAAAGGGAUUCUUUUGCCUUGUAAUCAGGGUUUACUUGUAAGUUCUGAGACCGGAUUAUCAACAGACUAAACGAGGCAUUAGGAUCGUAUUGUAAGCAUUCCGGAAUCGUACUGAAUUUAUGGGUCUUUUCUUUUCAAUUCUUAUCUUGCAUGCAAAUUAGUUGUCAAAACAUUGUUACAACAAUGUCAAUUUGUUGAGACGGUGUUAAUUUUAAGUGUAGUGGACUAGACUACAUGUGACUACCUUCCCUAGCCAGAAAAUAUGUACCUAUAACUACAAUUCUUUAUAAAUGUUUUUGGUCAGUAUUCAAUGGAUAUUAAUAGAUAUUAUGAGCAGUUGAGAAACCAAACUAUAUGACAUUUGUUGAAGUUGUAAGCAUCUGUGGUAUGGUAGUCUCAACUAUUAAUGGACACAUUUUUGAAAAUAUAUAUCACAUAGCCAUUAGAGAAUUGUUCUGCAACACAAUAUAAAAAAAAGAUUAUCACUGUUACUGUAAUUGCAAGAUAUUUUUGUAAAAUAAAGAUUAUAAAACGCCACAGUGACUGCGUAAGUAUUAUUGUGAAUAAGAAAGGCCCUAGUCUUAGGUAAUAUUUUGCUAGUUUUAACAUUUUUGCUCACACAGCCAAUAUUUUAGUGAAAAGAGUUUUUAUUUAAACUUGUAUAAUUAUGAAGUGUUGCCAGGAUAUUGAAUUGAUUUUUAAACUUGCAACACUGAUUGGAAUGAUUGAUUACGUGCAAUGUGCUUCCUUAUUUACACUGAAUAUUUUUUUUAUUAGACAUCAUGAUUUUUACAUGCAUCGAUUUAUUUAUCUAUAUUAAGCGAAUUAAUUGUUAAAAUAAGAAUUUACUUUGAGAUUGUAUAUAGUAUAUGCUAUGAUGAUUAAAUUGAUAAGUUGGUAUAUAUUCUUGCUUAGCCUAAACACUUGCAACUCGGUUAGUUACAGUUCAGUUAUUUGAGAUUUAAAUAGUUACGUGGCUUGUAUACUUAGGGUUAGUGCAGAGAUAAAAAUAGAAUGUUUAGUGCACUGUGUAGGCAAGAAAAUAAUAGUUAAUAGAUACAAAGGCAGCUGUAGACCUGUGUCAAAUAUGUUGGAAUUUAUAAAUAAUGGGAUCUAUUCCAGCAAAUAUUGCAAUAUUAACCUUAAGGUUCUUUACCGAACAAAGUAUUUAUCCCUGCACUGAAUCCAAGUGACUAGUAAAAUUGUUUGUAACACAUACAGUAAGAGUAUACAUAGUUGUAUAGUGUAAGCGGUUGCAGUUGUUUCUCGUCAAGUUACUGUUAUAAUUAGGAAAGCAUAUCUGUAAUAAAUGUGUGUAUAUUGA